AUAAGAAUAUGGGAGCUAAUAUUUGUAAAUCUCGUCAGAGUAUUUAUACCAAAGAAAGACCAAGUAUAUCACUUCACCCUUCAGAAGCAUGGAAAAGACCGAUAGGGACGAAAAUAAGGAAUGAGUCGAACUUGUCAAUAGCUAAACAAAACCAUCAGAUUAAUAUAGUAAGAACUGAGGAGGAUGAACAGAUGUCUAUGGCUCAGAGUCAAAGCUCUAUCCCUCAGCUGAAGCGUUUUAGCGAUGGGAAUGCUGAUAUUGACUCUUUCAUAAAUAGAGAUCAGUUGAAAUAAGACCUAUCACAAAAACUACAAAGAAGCUAAUUCAGACUCUGAAACAGAAAGCCAGUUUACAGGCAAGGUUUUUGAUACAGGCUCAAUGGAGAAAUUUAACGACCUGAAUGGAUCAAAGGAGAACUCUUCUACAAAUUUCAGCUCUUUGCUGGAUACUGUAAAUGAGUUAAGGACGAAGACACAAAAUAAUCCCCUGUUUGUGGAAUAUACUGAAGCUUCUCAGACAGAGGAUGCUGGAGAGCAAGUUGUAAGAAUUGAACCAUUAUUUGACAACCAAAAAGUUCCUAACCUCCUCACACUUACAGAGUAUGUGGAAUGUUAUGGGUUCCUCGAUGAUAUCUCAAUUUCUAAAAUUUGUGAACAAAUAUUCUCAGGACUCGAACUGCUCUUUAAAAAUUCAUAUUUCCAUGGUAGCAUCAGUAUUGAUAAUAUUAUGAUUAACCAAAUUUCAAUGAACAUUAAGAUGAUGAAUUAUGGACUGUAUAACUGCAUUUACAAAGAGAAUCCACUAGAUCUCUUUGAAGGCUCCAAGAUGGACCUCUUCUGAGUCGGAAUUCUGGUCCUAAAAUUACUAGGAAAACUAAGACUUGAUAUGCCUCUUGAUCUAGGUGAGCUCCAACACAGAGUCGAUGUUCUAAAAUCUAUAUAUAAAAAUGAGAGCUUAUCAUAUAUUCUUAAGAGUUUUCUAGAUAAGGCGUUUGACGAAGAGGCAAGUCUCACUAAAAUGCUGAUUCACCCAUUUAUUACAGUUAACCCUCAGCACACAAAUUCUGAGAGUCGAGAAAGCAUGGGAAUUAGGAACACUCUUACCCAAAAUAUGCACCUGGGGUCUAUAAAAGAAUCAAUAACUGGUGAGGAUAAAAGUGACUUUACUUUCGGAAGUGGUCAGCAAAAGUCUUCUUCUCCUCGGUCUAGUGAUAGUAGUUAUAUCCCUCCAGAAUUGCGUAAAUUUCUUACAAAAGGAUCAGGCUUUGGAAGGUACACGAAUCUCUUUUUCUUUGACAUCUUUUAAUUUUUACUGAACUAGUUUUUAUAGUAGUGGAACUGGUUCAGAAGAGCAAAAAAAAAGUAUUGAGUUAAUUCAGCAUCGGUUCUCAGAGACGAAUAGUCAGCAUUCUAUCUUGCCUUCAAAUUCACCAGCAAUUCCCUUACGAUACUAUGAUAGAACAAAGACAAAGCCAAUCUGUAAUCCUCCCGAGAACCCGAUGAUGUCACCUUCAGAAUUUUCUUCAACUUCAGAAAUAAAAGGAAAGUCGAGUAGUCAACAGGCUAAAUUGAUAAAAAUAGAGAAUAAAUACAGGCAAACACUUCUCCUGAACCCUUGAGAUGAGCUGCCGGAGAUGAACGACACUGAAGAGGAUGAUCAAGAAAUCAUAAAGAAUCUGUCAAAGUCAAUCAUAAUAGUUCCUCCAAAGAACAACAUAUAAUUUUACUACAUUUUUCUGGAUUUUAAUAAAUUAUUU